GGGACCGAGUGGUGGGUGGAGGCGGAGAAGGGACCCCGAGGGCCUAAGGAGGUGGUUCGGUUAUGGUCGGGAAAAGCGGAAGGGUUUCGGGGGCAGCGGAUUCCCGGCGGCCUCUGGUGGCAGUCGGGCCUAGUCGAGCCGGCCGGCGCAGGACCCAAAUGCGGGAGCUUCAUGUUCCCCGGUGGGAGAUGUGGUUUGGGGCUGUGAUCGGGGCUGCUCCCUGACCGCGUCCGGAGGGUUGAGGUCCAGACGCUGCUCACUUCCAGCCGGGAAAAUCCAGCUCCACCCCCAGGUGGUUUGGACUUUGAGCCCCUUAUAGUCCUGAUGAACAGUUUCGCUUUCCUCAAGUUUAAGACACUUGGAACUUCAAGAAUUGGAGGUUUAUGCCAUUUGAGACCGGUCAGCACUGAGCAGAGUUCAGAGGACUAAGAGACAGAGAGUAAAAUGGCUUCCAGAGGAAAAACAGAGACAAGCAAAUUAAAGCAGAACUUAGAAGAACAGUUGGAUAGACUAAUGCAGCAAUUACAGGACCUGGAGGAAUGCAGACAGGAACUUGAUACAGAUGAAUAUGAAGAAACCAAAAAAGAAACUCUGGAGCAACUAAGUGAAUUUAAUGAUUCACUAAAGAAAAUUAUGUCCGGAAAUAUGACUUUGGUUGAUGAACUAAGUGGAAUGCAACUGGCUAUCCAGGCAGCUAUCAGCCAGGCCUUUAAAACCCCAGAGGUCAUCAGAUUGUUUGCAAAGAAACAACCUGGUCAGCUUCGGACAAGGUUAGCAGAGAUGGAUAGAGAUCUCAUGGUAGGAAAGCUGGAAAGAGACCUGUAUACUCAGCAGAAAGUGGAGAUACUAACAGCUCUCAGGAAACUUGGAGAGAAGCUGACUGCAGAUGACGAGGCCUUCUUGUCAGCAAACGCAGGUGCUAUACUCAGCCAGUUUGAGAAAGUCUCUACAGACCUUGGCUCUGGCGACAAAGUUCUUGCUUUGGCAAGUUUUGAGGUUGAAAAAACAAAAAAAUGACGUGGUGUGAAAACUUAGGACAUUGAUCGCAUUCUUGUUGUAAAUGGCAUUUUUCUUCCGGGGAUUUUGAGUCAUGGCAAAGAAGUCAAGAGAUUCAUGAAAUGUAUUAAUAACCUAAGAAAAGGUGACAGAAAAACAUACUUAAGGCUUUUGUUUAUGCCCUUCAUCAUUGUGCUUUGUGUAGGGAUACCCACUUCCGUGAUCCUGGACUUGUUGGGAUGGAGGGGCUCACUGGACCUUAUUCAUUAUGGUUUGUCUGUUUAAGAGAAAACAAAAUAGUGUCUCUGCCUGUCUUUAUUGAGCCUCCUUGUUUUUAAAUGCUGGUAGUAAAUGAAAAGAUGUGAACUGAUGAUUCUUUUCUGCUCAUGAUUAUCCCCACUUGUUGGAGUAAAUAAUGUAGCAACAUCAACAGACCUCAUAUGUGUUCACAGAACUUUAGAGUUCUAAGUGAUCUUAAAGUCCUUUUCAUUUUACAAACAAGGAAAGUAAGGCUCAGAAAGAGCAAGUGACUUUCUUAAAGUCACAUUAGAGACAGAGCUGGGGAUAAGACUUGGGCGUCCUGUCAGUUUAAUGUCCACUGAGUUUUAUUUCUUUAUUUUGUGCUGCUUUAAAAAAAAUAAUUCACACAUAUCGGUGCAAGUCCGUAUUUAUGAAAAUUCAAUGUCCCCAAAAAUGUUGUCACUGAGUGACCAUUCCCCAGCCCGUAAGCUCUCAGUAUGAAUGGUGCCCAUUGUAUCUCUGAGUUUUGAGCUUGGAACAAUGGGAGCCCUGUUGAGAGUCUCCUGAAGUAACUUAACCUCCUGCGUUGUUUCACCAAGGAAGCAAUUGGAAGUGGCAGCUCGAGGCCCUCCCUGUGUGUGACCUCUUUGCUGAAACCCAGAGGGUGGUGACUGUAAACUACUAUUUACUCUUCAGUUUUGGGAGAAACACAAAAUAAGUUAUGAGAAGUCAGUUUCUCUCCUGAGUGUUUACAUCUCUCUGCACACUCAGAUAUAUAGAUUUUCCCCAUAUGCAUGUACGUCAGCUUAUUUCCUAGGCUCUGGCCACUUUAUAUCCUUUCACAUUUUUCUCAGUAUUCUUUUUCUUUAGACUUCAUACAAAUUAAAAACAUUUUUAAAGCUUCUUGUGUACUGUAAACUCUACCAGGUGCUCUGCCAAAUUAGGGGACAAUUAGGGGACCUCAGCUACAUUAAUGCCUUAUUUGGAACUUGUAAUGGGUAAUUUUUUAUAUAUUGGUUUAUGAUGGUCACAAACUCAUUAAAUUGUGACAAACUAAGAAAAAGCAAAUUACCUGUUAUUCAUCUAGGGCUUUAUGGUCAAUCACCAUUAUUUCAUUAUCCUGUGUGUUUUUUUUAACCAAAGUGAAAUUCACAUGGCCAUUUAAAACUCAUCAUUUUAAAGUGUGCAAUUCAGUGGCAUUCAGUACAUUCACAGUGUUGUGCAAUGACCACCAUUAUCUAGUUGCAAAACAUUUUCAUCCCCCGCAAAGGAGACCCCAUACUUAGUAAGCAGUCAUUCCCUCCUCCUUCCAGUCCUCUAGCGACCACUAAUCUGCUCUCUGUCUCUAUGGAUUUACCUAUUCAGGACAUUUCGUAUAAAUGGAAUCAUAUAGUAUGUGACCUCUUGUGUCUGGCUUCUUUCACUCAGCGUAAUAUUUUUUAGUUUAAUCCACAUUGUAGUGUGUAUUAGUACUUUAUUCGUUUUAAUGGCUGAAAAUAUUCCCUUGCAUGGAUACCACUUUGUGUUUAUCCAUUUAUCUCUUGAUGAACAUUUGGUGUUUUUCCACUUUUUGGCUAUUGUGAAUAGUGUUGCUGUUAUGAACGUUUGUGCCUAAGUAUUUGUUUAAAUAUCCCUUUUCAAUUAUUUUGGGUAUAUACCUAGGAACAGAAUUGCUGUUUGGGUUUUGUUUUAAUUCAUAGCAAGAUUCCCUUCCAGUAGUAGUAAGACAAGUAAAAUUAGGAAUAUUUUAUAUUUGAAAGAGGCCUAAAUGAAUCUGGAGUCCUUAACUUUGGUUUCCCUUAAACUUUCUGUAAGACUAACCUCAGUGAAAUAUUUUGUCAUUAAUCACAUUAAUAUAUUCAUUUUGUAAGUGAUGACUAGUACUUAAUUUAAAAUUAACCUUCAUUUCAAAGUGACCAAGUUUGCAGUGCCUAGCAAGACACUGUCAGUCAUGGCCGUGUGACCUUUGGUAGGUGACUAUAUAUAUAUAUAUAUAUAUAUAUAUAUAUAUAUAUAUAUAUAUAUAUAUAUAUAUAUUUUUGGUGACAGUAUUUUUGAGCCUCAUUUUCUUCAUCUGUUCAGUGGGGAUCAUAGGAGCUAACUACUAUAUAGUAUUACUGUGCAUUCCCCUCUCUUUCUUAAUGUAGAAAGCUUUACAUUGGGGUUAAUCCACCAUUUAAUAGUUUUUUCAAGGGCCAUAUGAUAUAUUUUUCACAAAUUUGGUAAUUUAGAAAAAUAAUUUGAGAAGUCUAUACAACUAUAGUUAUUAAAUGACUUGUAAACUAUGUUUAUGUUCAUAUUUUGCUAUAUUUAAUGUUCUAGUUUUUUAGAUGUCUUGGGAGGUCUCAAACUGCAAUAACUAAUGCUAAGGCAGCUUUUUGACAUCCUUGGGUCAAGCUAAUAUUUUAAUGGAAAGAUUCCUGCAUUUUUCAAAGAACUGGGGUUGCCGCAGAAAUAAAUUCCAAUGAUCAAGUGUCCAACCUGGCUGUUUAAUGAAAUCUAAUAAUUUAAAACAAUUUCUCUUUCAGUGUUUUGCUUUGUUUUUAUCCUGUGAGUGUUAAGUUAGGUAGAGGAAGAAAUCAAGCGAUAGAAUGAGUUGUUCCCAGGAACGAGUUGGAGUUGGGACAGAUGGGUUGUUAACUUUGGUCGAUAGGCCUUUUAUUGAAGACACUCAGCCAAAGAAUGGUCAUCUUAGGCAAAAUAAAAGACUGUGCAAAUCCACCAUUGGAAUAGUAUCUUAUUACAGUGACCGGUGGAUAGUUUGAAAUUAUUACAGAAAAAAUAAACCCAGACCAUUUUGCCUAGAGCUUUUCAAUCACUUUUCUGUCCACUUUUUUUUCUUGUCUUUUCAUUACUAAGACCAAAGAACACUCUUCUUUGCCUCUCAAAUUGUUUUUCAGCAUUAAUAUGUAAAUUAAAACUGUCAGCACUCCCACAGACCCCCGUGAACAAGCUGUAAUUGCUUCCAGUCUGUGUGGCCCUGGAAUUGAAAAGAUUUAGAAACUGGGGAAACUAGUACUUAAUAUUUUCAUUAAGUUGCAAAAAGCAGGUUAGAAAUAUGGCUCUACUAGAUAUCACCCUAGAGUAUGGCCUUUUGACAUCCUCACUCAUUUUCUUUUUGAAAGCCCCUCUCCCUGUUCACACUAAUAGCAAGGUGGAAAGACUGUAAUGCUGAAAGGGCCUCAAACACAAGGGGUUAGUGACAUUCUUAAGAGCUUACAAUGCAAAGUCCAUGCUGUUCCAAGCAGAGGACCAGGAAAGUUGAGCGGUUUGAGGCUGUCAGUUGGUAGCUUCCUAACACUUGGUUGUUUUCCUCUGAGAGCAUCACAUUCCUUACAGCCUCAGACAGUGGACUACAAUUAAAAAUAAACAAGUAAAAAAUAUUUUCUAUAAAGGAGGUCAAGGAGAGCCACCAAUUUUCUUUUGAGUUAAGAAAGAGGAAGACAGGGACUUCCCUGAUGGCGCAGUGGUUAAGAAUCCACCUGUCAAUGCAGGGGACAUGGGUUUGAGCCCUGGUCCAGGAAGAUCCCACAUGCGGAGCAACUAAGCCCGUGCGCCACAACUGCUGAGCCUGCGCUCUAGAGCCCACGAGCCACAACUACUGAGCCUGCAUGACACAACUACUGAAACCCAUGCGCUUAGAGCCUGUGCUCUGCAACAAGAGAAGCCACUUCAAUGGGAAGCCCGCACACCACAAAGAAGAGUAGCCCCUGCUUGCUGCAACUAGAGAAAGCCUGUGCGCAGCAACGGAGACCCAACACAGCCAAAAAUUAAUUAAUUAAAAAACAAACGGAGGAAGAUAAUGCUAGUAAGAGUCCUUUCUAAGAUUAUGCAUCAGUCACAGGUCCUCUGCCCUCAGCUUCUGGCAACUGUGACUGAACUUCUGAAGCCUUCCCACAAGAACCUCUGAUUUUGUGUUUCAUUCAUAAUUUCAAUACAUGGUUUAAGAGUUUAAGUUAUCGUAAUUAUGUCUGUUCAUUCUAAAAUGUCUUAAGUAGUUCAAGUACUAUUUUUUUGUUGCUGCUAAAUUGUCAUAUAUAUAAGAAGAGUUCAAUGAUUUUUUUGGCUUGUAUGAAAACCUGAUUCUUUUAGACCUGGCCUUAUUCCUGCAAUACUCGUAAACCAGGCCAAGUCGAAAACUGAGGCAGUGACCCUCGAUGAUAAUUUAAAAAAUAGGUAAUUUAGGUAAAAGUAAAUAUUUGGCCUGGAUUAGGUUGUGAUUGUCUUAAUCCUAUGGUUAACCAUGUUCUUAGAAAAUGUGUUUAUUCAUCUUAAAAAAAAAAUUUUUUUUUUUUCGGCCACGCCACUCGGCAUGCAGGAUCUUAGUUCCCUGUCCAGGGAUCAAACCCGUUCCCCACUGCAGUGGAAGUGCUGAGUCCUAACCACUGGACCACCAUGGAAGUCCCUUAAAAAAAAUUUUUUUUUUAACUUUGUUAGCACCUCAAGUUUUACAUCAAGUUUGUUCUAGGUCUUGGUAAAUUAUACCUUAGGUUUGGUUUUUAAAGCUCUGAGCUUGUAAAUCAACUAUACUUCAAUAAAAAUAAAUAAAGUUAUAAAAAAAGUUAGCAGCCUGUAGGAGGCAAUAAAUCUGGCACCCUAUAUCAAUGCUUGGAAGAGAGUCACCCACCAAUCAGGAGAGUCCACUUUAAACUCAUAGAAGCAAGAAAUAAACUUCCAUUGCAUUUGAACCACCAAAACAAACAAGACCUCUGAGCUUAUACUCAUUUAUUUAAAUAUUUUGUUUCAUAUUUACUCAGGAGAGGAGCAUUUGUAAUUUUCAAGCAAACAGGCAAAAUCUCAGCCCCUUAGCCUCAGCCUCGUGGCAUUUCUUUUCAUCCUGUCUUCCAGAACUAUGAGUGAUUUAUUCCUCUGCAAGAAAAUACCAGGAGCAAGAGUCCAAAUAAAAGUAUGUGAGACAUACCUAAAUCUACUUUCCAUUCUCAGGAAGGAAAAUGUGAACUCUGUCUUUAACUUGUGGGCCUGGAGCAGAAAUGAGGGAUGUGAGUGUGCUCAUUCAUGUGUGUGCCUCUCUUCUGGGAACCUGACUGCUCCCACAGUACUCUUACGACCUCCCACGGUGCUGCUCUUGCCAGAGAGGGAGGUUGAUUGUGCCAGGUUAAUUUUGUUACAAUGAACGCACUGGACAAAUUGUGUACACUAGACCCUUUUACUUUGAAAACCUCAAAAUGUACUUUCUCUGGUGGGGAUUAGGUCUUGAAAGUGAAGAGAAUGGAUUUUAGAAAAUCUUAACAACAAUUACUAUGUGGAAGCAAGGAAAGCUUCUAUCUGCUACCUCUUCUGAUUGUGAUGUCAUUUAUUCUUUCAUCAGGCAUUUAUUGAGUGCUGAGAUAUGCCCGACACAUUACUUGGCUCUUUUUGGUUAAAUUUUCUAAAAUGGAUACUGAAUAGAGUCCUUUUAUUAAAAAAAUAAGACUCUUAAGUGUUUAUAUGGUUAAUAGAAGUUUAGAUAUCCGGCUGCAUCACCAAGAGGUUUAUUUCACCAUGAUAAAAUUGUGUUUUAAAUAGACCUACCCCUCUUUCCAAAUCUGUCACUCCAUCAUAGUUAGCUGGAUCCUUAGAAACAUUAUUUCAGAUGUGUAUUCACAUAUUAUAAGGAAGAGUACAUUUGGAAAUAAUUCUGAUCUGUACAAUUUGAUCUAAAUGAUCUCUUUCAUCUAUAAUUUUUUACCUCAUUUUAAAAUCAAUCUUGUAGGAAAUUCCCUGGCAGUCCAUUGGUUAGGACUUGGCACUUUCACUGCUGUGGGUCUGGGUUCAAUCUCUGGUCGGGGAACUAAGAUCCUUCAAGCCACGCAAAGUGGCAAAAAAAUAAAAAAUCAAUAAAAUCAAUAUUGUAAAAUGCAUAUCUCACUAAAAUACACUUGACCCUUGAACAACACGGGGGUUGGGGGUGCCCACCCUCUGCGCAGUUGAAAAUCCAUGUACAAUUUGACAGCCCUCGGUAUCUGCGGUUCCACAUCCGUGGAUCCAAACAACCACAGGUUGUGUAGUACUUUAGUAUGUAUUUAGUGAAAGAAAUCUGGGUAUAAAUUGACCCACACAUGCAAACCCAUGUUGUUCAAGAGUCAUCUGUGUUUAUAUUAUUAAGUCAUUUUGGAGAAUAUUAAAUGGAAAGAAAGUGGGAAUACUCCUGUAGGGGAGGAAAGAUAUCUUUCCUCUUUUUGCGUUCUUAACUGGGACCCCUAUAACAGAGGCAGACUAACAAGAGAAAAGCACACACAUUUAUUUACUGUGUUAGGUGACAUGGGAACCUUCAUAAGGAAAUGAAGACCCAGAGAAACUGUUAAAUCUGAGUGCUUGUAUGCUAGAUUUGAUGAAGGGUGGAAAGUUGUGGGAAAAUGAGAUAGAACAAAGGUGAGCUAAGUGUAAGAAACUGAGGGAAACUUAGCCAGAUCUGUUUGUUCCCAUUCCUCUCUGUCUCUUCUUUGAAGGUAAAGAUGUUCCUUCCUUCCAGAUAUUGGACAGGGCACCUCUCACAUGAGGGUUUUAUGACCUGCUUCAAGGGAAGGUCAGAAGUCCUUACUACUCAUGCCAUUUCUCAAGUUCCAUCAGCUUAAAAUAGUCAAUAUGCCAAGGUGCCAUAUCGUGGGGUGGUGUGUCCCCUGAACCCUGUCACUACAUUUCUAAUCCUAAUUGUGUCACUCGUUUAUACUUAAUUUUGGUCUCAUUUUGUCAAGUCACCUUCCAAAUAUUCAUGUAGAUAUUUUGUGAAGAAUAGUUAUUAAAUGGUUAAAUGGCUUUGAAACUACAGUGUAAGGAACUGUAUAAAAUUAAAUAAUGCCACUUUCAUUAAAAUAUUUAAAAUCUUAAAAUAUACAUUUUAAGAAUACUAAAUAAAAUGGAGGCAUUGUGUUUGGUUUGACAAAGGGAAGCUUGUGUUCAUAUCUAGAUAUUUGAAAUAACAGGAAAUUAAGAUCAUAAAAUAUAUUAACUAGGAGUACCUAAUGUGGGGAAAAGCCUACAAUUCUGUUUCUCCUGUCUUUUCAUUUCCUGGAUGUGAGAUUAAUUUACUUUUAAAUUUCCUUUAAUGACAUAACUUGUGCUAAAGAGAUCUUAUAAUAACCCAAUGACAUCCUAGUGAAAGGAUGUUAUUGGGUUUGUGGGAAUUUGUGUGUUAAUAUUAUAGUCUGUCUCAGCAGGGUGUCAUUAGCAGCAGAAAUGGAAGGCAAAUUAAAACUAGUCCCUUUAUCUUUUCCAGACACUGCAGCCCCUUUAGCAUGCUGUUUCUAUACAUCUUCUCUGAAAAGAAAUUAAAUGGAAAUCGCCUGCUCAAAGUUGUUUUAAAGUCACAAGUGUUACCUGUAUGCUUGCUUAAGGACUCCCUGCCUCCUCUUCUCUGUGAGCAUGUCUUCUGCUUUCCUGAGAAAGCUUUUCUACUUAUUAGUAAAAUAAGUGUCCCUUUCUGUUCUGUCUGUACUUAGCCACCAAUUAGUAAGAUGAGCAGAAAUGCUCCCAUGCUGAGCAUCCUGCUGGGGGCAUGGAAGAGGCUGACACUACUUCAUGAUGUGAGCUAUAUGAGCGCCUUUUUAUCUCCCAGGAGAGGUUCUCAAUAGAUUUGGUCUGCCCCCUGGAGCCUGUAGCUAUUUUAGUCUAACUACUCAUUAAAGUCAAUCUAAGAUAUUGCUAAAGCCUUUGGAUUCUUCAAGUGCAUUGCCUCCACUCGAAUUCAGCUAAAAAUAGUUCACUUUCACUCCCCAGGGCUGCUUCCAAGUUACAUGAACUCUCCCCUCAGCCUCACACCCCACCAAAAAUAUUGAUGUCCACAGCAAGACUAGCUUCUUAUUAAAGACCCAGGACUAUGGCUGUGAAUGCAUUCCUAACUGCAAGAAUGGAAGAAAAGAAUGAAUCCCAGUUAAAGCUAAGCCCAAGAAUGUGAGAUAAAUCAGGACUUUGGGGGGAAAACAGAUUUGUUUUCAUCCCAAAUAAUAAAUUUUUUAAAAAAGAAAAGAAAAAUAAAUGCAAAAAACCCCCACCCCCCAAAACAAUAAAUUAAAUCUAAAAAUUGAUGAGUACUUAGCACUGUGCCAGACUCAUCCAUCAUAAAUUGAAUGCCUACUGUGCCAUUCUAAGCCGAUAAUUCUAAGCUGAUAAUAUUAUACAGUUUUAUAUUCUAUCCGGUAAAGGCUUUGGGAAAAUUAAAGCAAUUGUUUGGGGGCUAAAGCAAGGUGGAUUAGGACGAAGAAAGCAACAGACUACCAUGUAUUUAUUCUCCAUCAAGAAUGGAAAAUGAGGGCCUCCCUGGUGGCGC